UGCGCAAAAGAAACAAAGCAUGCUUUAAAAAGUCAAAAUGGCGACCACUGUAGGAAGAACGUAUCCGGCUCGCGGGCCUGUAAGUCGCCUUGGAAGCAUCGCGAGGCAUAAUAUUGGACACGAAGCUGCAGUUGAAAAGACAAUUAAUCUGUACCCAUUAAGCAACUACACAUUUGGAACAAAGGAAUCUCUGUAUGAAAAAGACAGCUCAGUUCAAGCUAGGUUUCAGAGAAUGAGGGAAGAGUAUGCCAAGUCAGGGAUGCGAAGGACAGUUGAAGGUGUCCUCAUUGUGCACGAGCAUGGCCUUCCUCAUGUUCUUUUACUGCAACUAGGAACAACAUUCUUCAAACUGCCUGGAGGAGAAAUAACACCAGGGGAGGAUGAAAUUGAAGGACUAAAAAGAGCAAUGGCAGAGAUUCUAGGGAGGGCCGAAGAUCCUGAGAAAGUUGACUGGACUAUUGAAGAUUCAUUAGCCAAUUGGUGGAGGCCAAAUUUCGAAGCACCCCAGUAUCCAUACAUACCUGCACACAUCACAAAACCAAAAGAACAAAAGAGGCUUUUUCUAGUUCAACUUCCAGAAAAAGCGGUGUUUGCUGUUCCGAGAAAUUACAAGUUGGUCGCUGCUCCGCUGUUUGAGUUGUAUGACAACGCACAGGGGUACGGGCCAAUCAUUGCCAGUCUGCCUCAGUUGCUAAGCAGAUACAACUUCAUAUACAACUAGUCCAUCCGAUGCUGUUUGGCAAUGGCAGCUUUCCAGAAAAGGCAGCGGAGGUACUGGGUGGACUUAAAGGAUCUAUGUUUUGGUACUGGCAUUUUCCCGAUUGCCUGCUGGAAGACUACAAAGCACUCGACUCAGUUUACAGUAAUAUUAGUUUGGGAACCAAGACUUAAAACUGAAUAAGCAGAUCCAUAACUGUCAUCAGUAUUUUAUAUGGUCGUUUUAUGAAUGAAAUAUUGUCGUUUCUCUAAAGUACAAUUUUGUAUAUAUAAAGGGAGGUACCACAAGAAUCCAUGUUGAGAUCUAUUUAAACACGAGUGUAACUCUAUGUAUACAUUGCUGAUAAAGUACCCCAGAACAUUUGAGUAAGAGUGUUUGGUGCAAAAGUAGAUGAGCUUUCUAAUAUUUUCUUUCCAAGAUACUAUACACAGUUUGAAAUUACAGUUUUCAUUUCACGAUAGUCAACAUCUUUAGCGUCCCUGGUUUCUGUUCACCUCGCGUUUGCUGCCAACAGACGACGCAGAUAAUUUGGUGUGACUUUCCUGUUAACCUCACAGGUGUUCUUCUUUGGGAACCUGCUUUGAAAAAUGCUAGACUUAAUGUCAGCCUUGACACGAUAUCUAUCAAUCAUUUUCUUGCACCGGGUGUUCCCCUGAAUGCGAAACAAUUCCAUCACAGAAAUCUCAAUGGUAUGGAUACUCCACAUUCAAUACUAUUUACUAUGGAUACUCAAAAUAACUGAUUCUCGAAUAUGUAUAAAUGCAAAAAUAAUUAGGAAAUCAAUCAUUGCGAAGCACGUGGAAUGUUGUUCUCUUUUGAAAUGUGAAAGUGAUAUUUUGUUUCACGUCAAAGAUCAUUCAGUGGAGAGUUUCUUGCAAUAUCGCGAGUAAAAAUUUCUAUGGAAUCGUAUUUUUAAUACGUAAGGGAGGGAAAGUUACUGAUAUUUUCAAUCGUUUUGUUCAUGAAGAUCCUUGGCUAGUCUGCUGGCUUUUUA